GCCAUGUGCGUCUCCAUCCAUCAGCCGGCCGCACUGUCUCUCUCCCUCGCUGAAAACUUCAAGGCGCGCCAUUUCAUCGGUUUCUCCAUCCGCGCUUGUCCAUUUCAUUUCACGGGUCAUGCGAUGCGUAUGCCGUGCGACUUCGCUCCAUUUAUCGGCGUCACGCCUCCACACGCGCCGGCCUCCGCUCCCCGUCUACUUCACUCGUCGUGUGUGAGCAGCCCUUGCAUUCGCCUAUUUCCUGUUACACGACGGACGACCGUCUUGCGAGCGGGAGAGGCUACGACGAUGAGCACCGGGAAGGCGCCCGCGCUCUACCACGUCCGCGCCCGAUCGCUUACGAGCAAGCUGCUCGACCUCGACUCCUCGCCGGCGUGCCCCUCCCCGCCGCCGUUCCGGUCCCGCUCCCACGCCUCCGUGCCGUUUCUCUGGGAGGACGCGCCGGGGAAACCCAAGCUGCGUGCACCCCGGCCGACCGCUCUCUUGCUCCCUUCCGCGAGCCCAGCCCCGGUUCUUGCUGACGGCGGCGCGACUGCCGCCAGAGUGGCCGGCGGUCACGAGGACGGUGCCCCUGCCCAUGCGCGCCCCGUGCUGCUCAAGCUGAAGCUGCCGCCGCGGCUGCAAGCGGCGGAGCACCCGCUCUCCUCCCCCAAGACCGUGCUCCAGGGCCCCUACUUCGGCGGCGGCGGAAACAAGCCGCCGAGGCCGCUUAGGAGGAUCGCGAGGACGGCGAGCUGCCAGAUGAAUCUGCGCGCCGGCGGGGGUCUCUUUGUUUGGAGGAAGGGCGCGGCAACGGCAACGGCAUCAGCGGGCAGCAAGGAGGGCGGCCACUGUCAGCUCUACGCCGUGGCGCCGGACGCGUCGUGCUGUUCGCCGGCGGCGUCGUCGGCGUCCUCGUCGUCGUCGUCGUCGAUGUCCUACUUCUUUGAUGACCACAGCCGCAGGCAGGCCGACGGGCGCGAGGACUCGGAGGAUGGCGAGGCAGGCGCCGACGGCGGCAAGGGGUCGGUGAGGAUCACCAGGUUCAGGAGGAACCGAAGCCUUCCCACUAUGUCCAGAUCGCAUCUCUGGGCCAACAUCCGCAAGGGCGUCAAGCAGAUUAGUCCAUGGAGCUACAAGCCUACAUAGAGGGAGUAUCACCGUACGCCUGACAGAUAAAGUGUGGCUAAAAGUGCAGCUGCUUUAUGCGCCGCAAUAUGUUGCCAAUUUAAUGCAACAAAGGUAGCAACCAUGUAUGCGCUUUAUAUGGAUAAUGACGAUGUACCUGUUGCAAAUUUAACGCAAUAAAGGUAGCAAUGUUUUA